GUCUUUCGAACGCGUUGCUUUGGUUUCGGUUCCGUUGGCAUCGCAAAGUACAAAGAAAUAUCUGAGAAAGCCAUGGAUAAGGCCUAGUGAAUUGAAUAGCGCGAUAACGUAACCAAAAGAUUGAUCCUCCCGGAUGAUCCCAAAACCCAUGUUUUUUGAGCGUUGAUGAUAGUGAAUAGGAUAGUGGAUAGGAUAGUGGCCAAGUGAAGCCUUGAGGAAAGGAAAUGCCACCAGCCCGCAGCUGAGCUGCAUUCGCCGUUCUGUCGUAGUGGUCGUGUCCUCUCGCGCUCGUGUGUGUGUGUGUGUGUGUGUGGGUGAGCUGUGCACCGUGUUAUUUGGGUCAAAAGCUGCAGCAGCACAAAGUUCCCGUUCCCAGGGGGUGUCCACCUGUUAUGCAGCUGGCCUAGGUUCUGGGAUCCCGCGUCCAAAGAGUCCCACAUGGAGGCGAAGGUGCACCGCCAGCAUCAGCGGCAUCGCCGCACGGAGGCGCGUCAGCGGCGCCUGGAACGUGAGGCGGCUGCCACGGGAGCACCGCCCACCACCCCCGAGCGGGCUGAGGCCUUGGACUGUGCCACCGCCCUCAAUGAGGGCGUGGCGUCGGCGGAGCCAGGCGGCAGUGGCGGCACACCGAGCAGUGCGGGUCGCAUCAGUGCCCAGAGUUCGGCGGACAGCAUCGAGCUGGUGGGUUCGCCCAGUCAGACGUCCCAGCAAACCGUGGUCCUGGUCAACGGCCAUCUGCCCGCCGGCCAGGAGGAGGGGCAGGAGGAGUCGCCACUGGGCGCCGGCAAUCCCCGGGAAUCGCCGCCGCUGCCCAAGCAGAGCGACGGCAGUCGCAACUCCUCCGGCGAUGCGAUGAGCCUGCGGGAGACCCUGCAGCAGCUACCAGCCACCCAUCACCAUCGAUCGCGCCGAACCAUCUCGCCUGCGGAUCCUGACGCCUCCUUCCAUCGGGGAAUACUUGGCUACAUGGAUCGCGAACUGAAGCAGAGCUCGCCCACGCCAUCUGCGCCGGCGGGAACGGGAAACGGAAAUGUCACUGGCAAUGGCAAUGGCAACGGCACGGGCGCCUCCCGCAAGCAGCAAUCGCUGUCCGAUCCUCAGGCCAGUCCCGCCCAGCGAUCACUGCGCUCGCGUAGCAGCUUCGACAAGAGCCCUCGGCGGAAGCGCAGCAAGUCGGAGUCCAGGAGGAGGCGCGAACGGAAGCUGAUAGCCGCCGGCGAGAUGGAGGUCCGCCAGGCCAACGAAACCCUGAUGCGGUACCUCAAGCAGUGCUCCGACAUGCACGACGCCUCCCUCUCCGGCGAACUGGAGAUCGACCAGAGUCUGGAGGAGAGACGCGUCCACCGGAAGACCAAGUCGCAGAGGGACAAGCGGGGCCAGCUGAUCAGCAAACUGUACUCGGCGGGCGGGAUAUCCUCGAUUCUGAAGGAGCUGGCCGACGACAUCGCUCCCGCUGAGGGCGAGGAGAUCUACAACCCAUUCACGCCGGUCGUCUCGCCCACGGACGAUGCGCCCGCGCACAUCGACAAGAUGUUCCUGCAGACGUCAUCCGGAUAUCGACCCGUGGAGCACAGCUACUACAAGCGCUCCUUCCUGGGGGCCGGUGUCCGUGGGUCCGCCGGAAUGUCGGCAUCCGGUGGAGGAGGCGGCGGUCGCCUCGAUGGCAUCUCUGCCGCGGAGCUGGGUGGCGCCGGUCGCCUAUUCCGCUCCAGCGGCAGCCACGCCCACGGCGGCGCCGGCAUGGGCGGGACUUCCGGCGCCUCAGGGAGUGGGCGUGGCAGUUACGGAGAUGCCCGCUGCCUGCUCGAUGGCGACUCCAAUCGCAAUGGCAUCACCAGCAACAUACAACUAGCCUGUGUAGUUCAACGAAUCUGGCUGCUCAUCUCAAAUAUAUGCCACGGCCUGCUAGCCGGCCUAGCCCUGGCCCACCUACUCUUCGUGCUGAGCAGCCCCCCCAUGGACUGGGCCAAGGUCAUCAAUGGCAUGAGUCUCGCGGGCGAGACGAUGUCAUCAACCGCCCAACCCCCCUCCGCGUCGACGCCAUCGGCGAUGGACCUCGAUCCUGGCGAUCAGGGAACGGAGUCGAGCGGAUCGCCAUCCUCACCAGCGACCGGAGCGGGAGGCAGUGACGCCUUGGCCCUGAUAAGGGAUUACGCGGGAUUUGCGGAGAUCUACUUAAACACCUUCUACUGCUUGGCCAUAAUCUGUCUGGUUUCUGUUUUCGAUCGUAUGGACAUCUGCCGCUGGAGCUUCUCGAAUGCCAGCGAAAUGAUCUCGUUCCGUUGGCUCAUCAUCACCAUGAUCUAUGUGGCGACAAUAAUCCUAACAAUUUGCUCCGAUUCUAUCGACGAGAGGAUGUACCUGUUCAACAAUAAUGCCAACAUUACGCUUACGCAACAGGAGAUGCUGAGCAACAGUGUGCAGAGUGUUUGGAGCAGCUUGUCGGUUACGAGGAGCAUUGCCGCCAUAUCGGGAUGGAUUAUGAUCGGACUGACGCCACAGGAGGAUAUGCUAUACGAGCACCUGGUGGAUCUUACCAAAUAUCAGUUGACAAAUAAUUGAAUUUAAGGCGAAAGCGACCUUUCGACUAGUUGUAAAUAGUUUUGUAGUUGAACUCUUAGAAGCUGUUGUUCAGUUAUUGGCUUUUUAUAUGUAUGGAUAAUCGAAACGCAAUAGGACUCUAAUGUAUACCCAAAUCUUAAGCUUUAAAGUCGUCUCUUAAGGAUUCACAUUGAUGCUCUUCACAGGCCGCUAGAAGAAACCAAAUCCAAGAGGAAAAACAAUUAAAUGACAACCAAAGAACCUAAUGGUUAACCUUCGAGUUAGUUGACUAAGCAAAUAUAGUAAACGCAGGAUAUAGACACAAUAUAAAGAAGAAACAGUAUGAAAUACCUAUAUUUACCAGAUAUUAUACGCAUGCUGAUAUACAUUAUAUACGCGAAUAUAGAAAUAUUUACAAUACUUGAAAUAAUUUUUCUUACACAUAUCGUCUAAAGAAAUGGAAUCCUUUGUUAUUCAUCGUUGCGGCAAUUUUACAGAAAAGGCUUCCCCAAAUUAGAUCCUCAGUCGAUAAAGGUUAACGACCGACUAAUAAUAGUUUAAGCAGAUGUAAUUUGUAAAAAGUGUUUCUAUGCAGCAAACAUAAGGGUGUAAAUAGAUAUAUAUAAAAAUUAUUUACACUGAAAAUGUUGAAUUAUAUAUCUAAAAAAAAUUCAGUAUAAAAAUACUGCUGGCUUUACAUAAAUUAAUUUCGUUAAAGUUUCUUUUCUGUGAAACCUUCUUAUUUAGUGACUAACAAAGUAUGUGUUAAAGUUAAGUUCUUUUAGAGACAUUAUAAAAAGAAUUCGAAAUAUUACAUGAGCUGUAUAUAAACCGAGUGCAAUAAAAUAACGAAUAUUAAAGUUUAAUUAUACACUUAACAAUAUACGGAGACAAAUGUAAUGAAAAAUGAGCUAACGAAUCGAUCAAAGCGAAUGACAAGGAAAUCUCGUUGUAAACUUGUAUAUAAAAAAUAUAAACGAAAAUAAACAAAAAUUAUGUAUAAAGGCAGAAAAAA